AUGAAAAUAAUCGAUUCCCGCUAUGUUGGUUCCUUUUUUUUCCUAGUGUUAUUUGGUGGUGUGCUUUUUAGCUUUACGACCCUGAGCCUUUCAAAGUUUCCAUCACCAGUUAAUGAUACUUUUACAGGCUUUCAAACGUGGCAUCCUGAAAUUAAAAAUUUUGACGUAGAAACAUGGUUUUCGAUGGUCCUUUUUACUGGCAUAUUACAAUUAGCUACUGGAGCAUUUAUGCUAAUAUGGGCCUUUAAAUACGAGACUAUUCUUAUCUUCAUGUUUAAUGGCGAAAGAACUUCUACAGUUCUCUUUAAUAAAAUAAUUGGUGGUUUUGCUAUCAUAACUUCCAUAGUUGCGUUCGCCUUGAUUUACCUUGAUGCUGGAAAAAUCUGGACUCCGAUUGGCGUGGUGCAUAAUUAUGCUGAAGUUUUUAUGUUGUUACUUUUACACCAAGGAGGAAAUCUUGCUUCAAGCAAUAAUGUUAUUUUCUAUAGUUUGCUUUACAUAUUAGUAGUUGAAGGUACAACUAUUUUAUUAGGAUGGCCUUAUGAUGCUUUCUUUUUUAAAUUUCAAGGCCUUGCUAUUGAUUGGGCUCUUUUCAUCCAAUUUAUGAGAGUAUACAAUUUAACAAAAAAAAAUUAUAUAGAAGGUUAUAUUAGUUUACCUCAACAUACCUCCGAUGAUGAAAGGGAAUCAGAAGAACAUGAUCAUCGACCAAAUAAUGUUCGUCCUAAGAAGGAUUGCCAUCUUGGCCAUGUGUCUUUAUUGCCUUUAGCAGCGUUCUGGCAUAUAGCGGGAAAUGUUUUAAAUACUAUCUUCGUAAAUGAAGCACUUCCGAACUAUUUAUUUAGCUUCAGUUACGGCUUCAUGUUUGCUUCAUUCGCUUUCUUCGUAUAUUUGGAUACCCACUUGAAACCAAAUAAACCAAAUAAACCUAUUUUCUUACCUGAUUCCUCUACUCCAAGCGUUGUUUUAGUUACAAUUGCUUCUGUAACGCUUUCACUUUUAUCUCUUAGGCUUG